AUGAAAGUCUUUCCACAAGGAUACGGAGAAACAUUUGUCUACGAACUUUACAAGGUCCAAAAUGCAUUUGAACCCUACAAUCUUUACAGAUUAUGCUCUGCAGCCGUGGAGUAUGCUCUUACUAAUCGAUUUUCAUCGCUAACGCCCCAUAAAACUUGCUAUAAAAGUGGCAGCUUGAACGCAUAUUAUCCUUGGAAGACACUACUCAACUCAUACAGCAAAGAAGCAAUCUCGAAGUUGAAACCUUCUGCUCAAGAGGAAUGCCUGUCUGCCUGUGACAGGAGAGACCUAAUGCUGUGCAUAGAAGAAUGCAAUACUCCAUCGGCUUUCAAAAAGUUUCCCACAACAGCAGAUUGCGAGAAAUGGUGUCAUAAUGAAAAUUCUCGUGCAAUACAUUGAGAGUCAAGAGCAAUUGGAGAAAUGGUUUCAUACGAUUUCUUAUGCCAAAAAGUUUUGAGAAUAAAGAGCAUUUGAA